CGGUAAUGAAGAAGGCCCCGAGGCCCUCCCGCCCCGCGGUGCCGCUCCCCCUCUGCCCGCGGCGCUCCGCUCCCGCUCAGCCGCCGCCGAUCGCGCUUGCGCCGCUACCGGGCGGGCGCCCCAUUGCUCUGUCCUCGCCAUGUCCUCCUCCUCCUGCUCGGCCGCGCUGCGGCCGGUCACCCACCUGAUCUUUGACAUGGACGGCCUUCUGCUGGAUACUGAGCGUCUCUAUACAGUGGUGUUUGAAGAGAUCUGUGGGCGUUAUGGAAAGGCUUAUACUUGGGACGUGAAAUCCUUGGUCAUGGGUAAAAAAGCUCUAGAAGGGGCACAGAUUAUUCGAGAUGUUCUAGAUCUUCCAAUAACCAAAGAAGAGUUAUUACGUGAAAGUAAAUUGAAGCAGGAGAAGAUAUUCCCUACUGCUGAAUUGAUGCCAGGGGUUGAUAAGCUGAUCCGUCAUUUACACAAACACAACAUACCCAUAGCUGUUGCCACCAGCUCAGCUGAAGAGACAUUUCUGAUUAAGACAUCCAGACACAAAGACUUCUUUGGUCUUUUUCAUCAUGUUGUGUUGGGAAAUGAUGCUGAGGUGAAGUAUGGCAAGCCACAGCCUGAUGCAUUUCUUGUUUGUGCAAAGAGAUUUCACCCCCCUGCGCCUCCAGAGAAGUGUCUUGUAUUUGAAGAUUCACCGCUUGGAGUCAAAGGAGCCCUGGCAGCAGGAAUGCAAGUGGUUAUGAUUCCAGAUGAAAAAUUAAAUCCAGAUCUUAAAAAGGAGGCAACACUACUGCUAAAUUCCUUGGAGGAUUUCAAACCAGAACUGUUUGGUUUACCACCGUAUGAUUAAUGCCUAACAUCGAUGAACAUGCACUUGAUUGGAGGUCAGGAAAGUGGGAUGGAAUUUUCUUAUGAUUUUAUGAUUGUUUUGUAUCUUCCUCAAAACUAGAGCACAAAAAUCCUGUUAACACUCAAUCUCCCGCACUGUACCUUUGAAAGUUGGAUGGAACAUUUAUGAUUUGUCCUUUUGAUAAAUGCUAAAUUAAAGCAGUGUUUCAUCCUGUGAAGUGAAUCCAGCCUUGUUCUCUGCACAUCAUAAUGUUUUCUGGGAAUAUUAUGAAACUGUUUAGAUAAUAUAUUGUAACUGCAUUGGAAGCUUCUUGUCCUGCUUCCACUUGAAUGACUUACUGUUUAGAUCUUAACCAGAAAUCUGUUCUGGAUUGACUUUUAUCCCAUUACAUUUGUUUUGAUACAGUUAUCGCUAUCAACAUGUUUAUCCAUUUCCUAAUUCUGUACUUGCCCAUCUAUUCCCCUUUGUAUCCUGUUGUCUUUUUUUUUUUUUUUUGUUCAUUUUGCAGGUUUUUUUUUGUUUUAAUCUUUGUGUUUUCUUAUUUUAUUUUCUUCUUGGGGUUGAAUGAGACAACUUCCAGAGGUCACUUACAACCUUCAUUAUUCUGUAAUUCUGUCAUUAUCUUUUUUUGGUGUGGUGUAUGCUUGCUAGCAGCUAUACUGGGUUAUGUGAUCCUACAGUUUAACCAAAACGCUUUGCAUCUUCCUUCUUUCAUUUCCUUGUAUUCAUCUCAUUUUACAUGUUGCCAUGUAGCCUUCCCUUUAAUUCUUGUGAAAUGAAGAAAUGAAUACAUUUUGUCUCCCUGCUUCAGUUCUGAUAAAGUUCUGGCCUUAACUCCUUCAUAUCCAAACAGCUUUCUGUAGGCCAUUCUUACUUUUCCAUUCUUACCUCUUUCCUGAGCCCCCCCCCUUUAAAAAAAAAAUUACACAAAUUAUAGUUUUGGUUUAUUUAAAUAAGUAAAAUUUAUUUUCCUGGCUACCAUUAUUUCUAAAAAAUGUUCAUGUUGUCAUCUGUCCCUCUUACUUUUGUCAGUUUGUGUCAUCUUGUCAGGGCAAAAGUCUCUUUAGAAAAUGCUUGGCAUUCAAAAAGGUUUUUCUGGAAUCCACAAGCACGUGUCUGUUGUGGCAGAAUCAAUGUCUUUUACUUUGCCUAAAGAAAACUCUAUUAUACAGGGUUUAUGGCUGUUUUAUAAAAUGAAUGAUUGUAUUCAGUGUUUAAAUAUCUAAAUUUCUAAUUGAGUGUCUAUAAAGUACUCCAAAGUCUUGGUAAGAUAUCAAACUCCAUAAACACAAGGAGCAUGAACUAUGUCAAAUAAGAGAAUUUCCAUGUAUUAUGAGAAGACUUUUCUGACCUCUUUUUUUUUAUAUAUAUCAUCUGUUUAUCUGUGAUUUUUCUUACAAAAUCUUUUCUGGGCAUUUCUGGUGUUUAACUGUCUUAGGUAGAAACUUUUUGAUCAGGAAUGAAAAAUAAUGAAACGUAGAUACCUCAGCAUUCAGGAUGAGUUUCUUACAUUUUUUUUCCUCCUGUAUUUAAAAAAAAAAAAAAAACCAAACAAAACCCCAAGCUUUUACAGCUUCUAUCUAGACUGUUAUUAUUUUCUGUUACUGUAUUCUGGUCAUACCUCAAAAAAUUAAGAAAAUUUUAUUCUGUAUGGUCAGUCAAACAUGACCUAGAUGGGACCAGAAAACUUUUAGUACAUAUAAUAUAAUGGUUUGCAGUCAAAUGCUUUGCGUCAUAGGAUCUGGAUGCAUUUUAUUUUUUUUUAAAAAAAGGAAAAAAGGGCAAAUAUUGUUUCAGUGUAGAUAUUUUGAAUAUUUAUGUUAUUUCUUUAGGCCCACGGAUAAUACAGUCAUUAGUGGUUGUACAGUGACAGCCACCAGUUCCAAACAAUAUGAUUUCCAUUUCUGGUCUUUCCAGAGAAGAUAAUAAAAAUAUUGAUAUAUAAUUCCUCCUUUGACUUAUGUUAUGUAACACAAAGUGUUACUAUAGAGCAAUAAUUCUCAGCUUUCAAGUGUAAAACAGGUGCCUGUUGGGAUCUCCUUCGUUCAUAAUUACUGAAUUCCGACAGGGAAGUUACUAGGUAGAACAAGCCUUAGUAAGCUGUAAUUAGUAACUUUUUCGAAGUUUUGCAUGUAUUUAAUAUAACUACAGAGAUUUAUAAAAUAUAAAAAUCACAUCUCAUUUACAGUUUACUUCGAAGAUCUGUCAUCAGUCUUGCAUUUUCUUUUUAAAGAUGUAGAGACAUGAAUAAAUUAUCACUGACAAUAUCAGAAUGACUUCAUUGUGACCACCAUGAUGAGAUCAGCAUACCCUGUAAUUCUGAUUUAAUAGCCUUUUCUUUUGCUGAGAAUAGAAAACUAUCACUUCUUAACCCAACAGUAAAUCCUAUCCCAUGCAAUUAUUCUUUAAUGUGUUUAGUAUCCCACCUGCCAGUUUUCAUUGAGAUUAUUGUCCUAAACUGAAAUCUGUAAACCUGAGUGAUAUGGUAUAACCUUCCCCUCCUUUGAGUAAAAUUAUCUUCCAUGUACUUUACUGCUCGCUGUUGACCAGCUCCCUGGUCCUGUGCUGAACCAUUUGACUGUUAUUAAAGUAAGUAUCAGUGUUGUGGUUAGCUUUUCUCUUGACUGAAUGAGAAAUCAAAAGAGUAUGCAAAACUAAAUUCUUCAUCUAUAGUAAUCUUAAAAAUCUUUUCAUCUCCAUCAUAUGAAAGGUGGAUAUUCAUGUCAGCAGUAGGUGACUUUUAGCCUGCCUGAUUAACCAUAUACCAAAUACCAACAUAUGUUUUUAUAUAUUUCUUUACCCACUUUUUGGUUGGAUUUGUGGCUCUGUAGUUCGAUCAUCUCAACAACAUCUGUUCAGAAAAUAAAAAUUAAAAGGAUUAAAAACUUGGAUCCCUUCCCUUUCUUCCAUCUGCUGUUUCUAGAUGAAGUCCUGUUCUGACUGAACUAAAAAAAUCCACACCACAUCCUAGCUACAGAUCAUGAGGACAUGUGAGCAGUCAGGACAUUUGAACAUUCCAUCUGUGUUUAUAUGAAGAGGACUGUUAAAAUCUAAUCCAAAAACUCUAUCCUCUAAAUCAGAAACAGACCUCAGUGAUGACAAAUACUUAAGCUCAUGCUUAUGUCUUUUUUUUUUUAAGCACGGAAAGCCAGCACCAGCUUGCUUUUAAAUGAUACCUAUAGUCUUAUUUGAUGUAAUAUAGAACAUGUACUUCAGGCAUAGCCUGAGAAGAAGUCCAGCUUCCACAAAAUAAAAGCAAAACUUCAUGACCAAGAUUUUACCAUUGAAAAAUAGGAUAAGUGCAGCAAGAUGGAUAUACAGUCAACCAUGAAAAUAUGUUUUAGAAAGAAAAAGAAAGGUAAGUUAGUGAUGUAUGGAGUGUUGUACCGGAACUUAAACUCCUUUCUGCCUCACAAGUGAAUUACAUUUUACUGGAACUCCAAUGGGAUUAAUCUUGGCAGAAUUUCUGGGUUGCAAAGAUAUACAUGAACAGGACUUUCACGGAAUAUAUUCAGGUGAAAUUCAUUGCGUUGGAACAGGAAUAAUUUCAAAAUGCAGUCUGACUUCUGUGAAGCUUGGCAAUUGCCUUCUACAAAUAAAGAUCAGAAAAAGCUGAAAUGUUCAUCCUUCAUUUGGAUUAGAUGUCUUUCUAAAGAAUGCUAUAGUUAAACCACAGAAAACUCUGCCCAGAAUCAAGCUCAUGUUGCAAAUAUUACAAAAAAUAUCUUCAGCAUAAGCCAGGCUAGAUAAAUCAAAAAAAUUGCAAGAAACUUCAUAGUGAGGAGAAAUAAAAUUAUUUUCCACUGCAUUAAGGUUUCUCUGUUCCUUUAACAAUUAGAGAAUGAAGCUUGAAAUUUUCUAUUUUAUUCUAUUCUAUUACUAUAUAUAUUCAGUUACUGUAUCUAGAUGUUCCUUAUCCAUACAGUAAUCAAUUUUUUUUUUAAUAUUGAUAAAUUUAUACACCAAAUUUACUAGCUAGGCAUUAAAUUCCACAAUUCUGUGUUCCAUAUGAAAAAUCUAUUUGUUUCUAAUAUUUUAAUGUUAGAAUAAUAUUAAAUAAAAAUUAAAAUAAAUUAAAACAAGGAAACCUUUUUCUCAAUUAAUCUAUUUCAAUUUUUUUGUUUCUCACUUAACACUUUUUAACGUCACUGACAUAUAACCAGUCACAAGUGGAGUUCCUCAGGGCUCAGUACUGGGUCCAGCUCUGUUCAAUGUCUUUAUCAAUGACCUGGAUGAAGGCAUUGAGUGCACCCUCAGCAAGUUUGCGGAUGACACUAAGCUGGGAGGAAGUGUGGAUCUUCUGGAGGGUAGGGAGGCUCUGCAAAGGGAUCUGAACAGGCUGGACUGCUGGGCCGAGACC